UUGGUUUUUGGCGGGAAGGCGGUAACGGUCACCGCUCUCUCCCGCCUGAAGAGAUGAUGGCGGGAAUGGGAAACGAGGAGACCUCUCUGAAGACAGACCUGCUCGCUGCCAUGGAGCUGGGAAAUAAGGUGGAACCCCAAAUUGGAGACAUUGUGAAAAGGAUCAAGACCCUAAUUGAAGAGAAAAGAGUGAACGAUGAGGAACUGAAGAAGUUGCAGGCACAAAGAGGAGAAAUGGAGAAGGAACUCGACGGGUUAAAUCAGGAGAUCUUUCAUCUGGAGGGUAACUGCAACGCUAAGGAAGCAAAUCUGAAGAGGCUGCAUUUUCAGUAUGAUCAGAGUAAAGCUCAGACUGAGAGACAGCUGGAAGUGAGCAGAGAGAGCAAACAGAGAAUCACGAUGUUAACUGCCCAGAUUGAGGAAGAGAAGCUGAAGAGGAGGACAGAAAGGAACACAUUUGAGCACCAACUCGAGGAACUCAUCAGCAAGCACAAGUGGAUGGCUGAAUUUUACCAGACUCCAGCCAGGCUUGAACUGGAGAUGUGUAACAUCGAAAGCUCCAAGCAGCAGCUUCUGAGUGAAGAGCACGCGAUGCUGGAGAAACUGGGCACCCUGGACAAGGAACUGGACUCCCUCCGGCAACAAGGUGCCACCUCCGAUGAAGGCAUCUUCCUGCGCAGCAAAGAGGCAAAGUUCGCCCACCAGCUGUUUGAGGAAGAGAACAAGGCGGUGAAAAGAUUGUUCCGGGAGGUGUCGGAGUGCUCCUCAGAUCAUCAGCAGAUACCAAAGCUAAGCAGGUUUCUGAAUGAACGGAAGGUCAUUGAGCAAGUCAGGGGCGGAGACGCGGACGAUAGCGAGGAGGAAGAGCGGCAGCAGGGCAAUCCCAAACAGGAGUGCACACACGUUUGAGCCGUGCCCACAUUGAGAGAGAAAAAGAAAACACCCCAGACGAGUAGUUCCUCCUGCCAGCAAAGCAUCUGGAGCCGAUUGCAAAGACAAAUUUUCGGACGGCUUGUCAACGUUGGACAGUGCCCAGAAAAGGAUGCAUGGCCGGCAGCGGUUCAGCUUCCAUUCAGUUUGAU